AUGAGGCCGUCGCCGCCACAGCCAGCGGGUGCGCGGCAUCCGAAUGCUCGCCUUCCGCGUAUUGCCCCCGUGAAUCGUCCGGCCAUCACGCAGGAGGGCAUCGCGCGCAUGUUGGAAACGGGGAAGCUGUCGGCGGAUGUUGAUCUUGAGAAGCUCCUCAUCAAUGACAAGUCCUUCACGACGAGGAAGAUGAAAGUACAUCCUUACGACGCGCGGCUGGUCCCGGCGGUGAUGACGAACCUCUCGCCGUAUAAUAAAAUGAACGGCUUUGUGCUGGACGUUGCGGAUAUCAAGAAGGUACCUGGCAAGCUCAACCUGAAGGAUCUUAAGGAGUGGGAGUCCGGCGAGCGGGAUCACUCAGAUGUCCCUUAUACCCCCGACUUUUCUUUACGUUCUCGGUCUUCCCAGACACAGUUGGCAUCACCCAAGCGGGAGGACACAAGGACCUACGCGGAGUUGCUAGAUGUCUAUUCAAUGCAUGAGUUUAUUAUUCGAAAGGGUGCAACUCUUAGAAGUACGCCUGAGUUUGCGUCUUUUAAACGACGCUACGCCGCAUCUUGGGGCAAUGUGGAGCUGGUUAUACGACGACUAGAAGAGUUUCUUAAGAGUUACGGUAUAGAGCUUGCAUAUGUGGACGGUAGAAAGGUUGUUGCAUUGGCCACAUUCCAAAUUGACGAUCUUCUUUCUCGAGAGGAGAUGUUGCAGUGUUUUGCAAAUCGUGAGGAGCUGGAGCCUCUCACUAGCAGCGUGACCCAGCAAUUUGCGUCUGGUGUUGACGGUCGUCAGCUUGCGGCGCGGAAGAUUCAGGCGACGUGGCGCAUGUACUCCCAACGCAUUGCCUACCGCCACCUACUUGUGGGCACACAGGCGGCCAUUGCCAUUCAACGCAGGUGGGCACUUUAUAGGUCGCAUUCUCUCACGAGGAAGACAAUAAAGACGCAGAAGGAAGCACGUCUGCUUAGUUGGAAGAGGACGAUGGAGGAGUUUACCAAAAGUUGGCCGAAAAUAAAGGAGGGACGCCGCACAAUUGUUCACUUGCCUUCCCUGUCAUACCCGCGUUUCCACGCAAAACAUGUUCCUUUUUACUUUGCGUUGCAGAUGGGGCAAUUGACGCGAGUAGCCGAUCUACGGGAUCCAUUAGUGGAUGUGGUUAUGGUUGCGCCGUUUCGACCGGAACCGGAGGUACUGGAGUAUUAUUUUACGCUUCUGGAGGACUCGGGAGUAGUGAAUCCGCGAGGGCGACUGACACUGUUGGUUCCAGAGGAUGCCAAGCGACUGCCCUCUGUUCUCAGCCUUACACGACUGCUGCUGCUUAGCUCGCGCCUUAUGAAGUGUCUAUCAUCGCUCUGCAAGAACCGACCUGCGUACCUCGUUCCAGGUGUUAUUGGGGCCGAGGAGCUGUCGCUUGCUAUUGAGUUAAACCUUCCUAUGCUUAGUGCGGAUCCCACCAUUGCGCAGGCCAUUAGUAGCAAAACGGGUACCCAACGCUUGAUAGAGUUAGCGGAGCUUCCCAAGCCAGUUGGUAUCUACGGCUUGCGUGACCGGCGUGAACUCCUUUCUGCAUUGGCAUCCCUAAUGACAGAGCAUAAGGAAGUUAACAGGUGGCUUGUGAAGCUGGAAACCGAGUCGUGUAGCCGGGGUCAUGCGUACUUUGAUGUGAACCGUAUUCGCGUGCUGAAGAGUAGUGACGAGUCGAGUAAGACUUACGAUGGUGUUCUGGCGGAAUUAAUGGAAUACGCCGGGAAGAGGGCACGGUUGGUUCACCCCAACAGUUACCCAGACUGGGAGGCAUACGCAGCGAUGUUUGAUGUCGUUGGUGGGUGUGUGGAGGCUGUGCCAAACCGAAUAAGGACAUCAUUGACGGCCAAUCUCUUUAUUGAACCGACGGGUGUGGUGAGCCUGCACUCCGUGGUGGAGCCCAUGUUAGCCCCCGCAUUCACCGUUAUGGGUUGUCGCUUUCCGUUUCAAAACUUUGUGCCAUAUGCGGCAGUUCGUGACGCCGCUCUUUGCGUUGGCAAAGCUGCAUUUCGGAGACGCGUCAUGGGUUAUAUAUCCGUUGACUUUGUGUUGCAGGAAGCGGGCGAUGGGGUUGCAGCGGAGCUCUACGUUGUGGACGUGGAUCUCUGCCUUACCAACAAUGCCGCUGCACAUCUUUUUGCCUGUUUGGUAACGGGUAGCGUCUAUGACGUGGAGACGGGCAGCUGUGCAAACUCGAACAAAAAUGAAAGUCUGGCUUAUGCGUAUAGCGGCAUAAUUCACAGUCCCUUUCUCUCAGCGGUGCGACAUCGAACAUUUUUUUCACUUUGCCGCUCAAGAGGACUUUCUUUUGACCGAUACCGCCGUAUCGGUCUUGUAUUUCACAUGGUGGACGUUUUGCUUUGCGGCUGCCUUGGCGUGCUCUCUGUCGGUACGACGAGGAGCCACGUGACGCGGGCGAUGAAAGAGUUCCAGAACUUGCUGAACCUCGAGCUCCCCAAACAGAGCGAGCACUCAGCGGAGAGCAACUUUGUGUACUUUUCUUCCGCCAUACACCAACUGAUACGGUCUGUCUCAAUCUCCAAAGAAAUGUAA